AAAUGUAGUGGCACUUUUGCAAAACUAAAAACUUAAGACGGUUUUUGUCAAACUAAAUACACAAAUAAUAAACAUUUUUACAUUUUCAGGCACAUGCUCCCUAAUUUAAUGAUUUCCGCGUUUACCAGGAUUUUGAUGUACCUUGUACGUUGGCUUUACUUUUAUCGAUCCAGCUUACAGAAGUUUCCUUGCUCCCAUAGUAACAUUAAUUCAAUAUUGUGAUGUGAUGCAAUCAACUUCGUCAUUAAAUAAAUUGCAAAGUAUGGUUAAUAACGAAAAUAUAAUUUUUCAAUCUAGUGUCGUGAAUUAAGUCAAAGUAUGGCAAUUAGAAUCCUGUCAACUUUAAUUUAGAAAGUUUUCCACUAAUCCGAGUAAAUUCCGCACGUUUCGUUAUUAGUAUUAACUUAUUCUUAAAUCAUAGUUAAAGCAAUGGAACUAAUAAAGGAUUCAUGUACUGGCAAAAAGUCCAAAUACACAUCAAUGCAAGUCGAAUUGGCUAAAAGCAAUGGAUUUCGACCAUAUAUUGUCAACCCUGGACGGUCUCGUUACACUGGUUAUUGGAAAGCAAAUAAACCCCACGGUUUCGGAGCUCGCCACAGCUUCAAUGGAGUUAUUUAUGAUGGACAAUGGGAACGCGGUCUGAGGCAUGGUCAAGGUGCUUUACGAAAGCUUAUGCCCGACAAUACCUACAAGCGUAUUUAUGUUGGUCAAUGGAAAUAUGGUCAAAAGUGCGGCGAGGGUGUACAAUAUUAUAAAAAUGGAGUUUAUUUCGGUCGUUGGAAAGCUAACAAACGCGAUGGCUUAGGAAUGAUGAUUUAUAGUGAUGGGUCCCAAUACGUAGGAGAAUGGAAAAACGAUCUUUGGCAUGGCGCAGGAGUCUUAUUUCAAGAAAAUGGAAAUCGCUACGAAGGUUAUUUCGCGAAGGGACAAAAGCAUGGAGAAGGUAUAUUUUAUCAUUUGCGUACUGGCCAACGACAGAAAGGGAUCUGGCAAAACAAUAACUGUCAAGUAUCAAUUAUGUUGGAUUGUUCCCGCAAUCAAGCUAAUCGGCCCACUCCUUACCCAAUGCCAAAAAGUGAGUUAGACAAACCGGAUGAACUCAUCUACGAAUUAUUCAGAGAAUUCUUCCCCGAAGAAAAUAAUGCUGAAGUUAACUUCGCGAUUCGUCCAUGUUCGGAACUAGCAUCUGAAAUGAGAAAGUAAG